AUGUCUGUCAACAAAACGGACUCAACUCCUUCUUUAACCUUCGUGUCGACGACGGGUCCUACACUUGACCAUGACAGCGCAAAGGCAGUGCGGGCGCACACGACUAGAGCCAACUUUGCAAGACGACGACAGCGCCUAGUACGAGAAUACGCUGUUCAAAAACAAAAAGACCAUGACACCGUCGUUAAGUCUCUGCAGAUCGAGGUUGAUGGCUCCCAAAAGGUUGGUUUUGAAUCAGCAUCGGUAGUCGAGCUUCACCCCCACUUCCUUGUUCAUCCGGGCCUGGAUCGAAAACCAAGUGGCAACGAUUCGUUCUUCAUCAACUACUUGACACACGAAAUGGAGAAGCUUCACCUCGAUGCGACCGUCCCAGCCUCGGACGCUGUCCUGAUCAUGAUGAAGUCGGACUGGGCCUGCUUUCUUCCCGAGCCUACCAUGUUUGAUGUCUCUCUAUACUUUGCGAGGCUGCUCUAUGCAGCGCGGCGACAAGAACAUACACAGCGACUCCUUGUGGAUGCCUACAAGGGCAGGGCAAUCCGAGCCGUACGGGAAUGUCUCAACCAGGGACUCAAGGCUCUCAGUGAUAGCCUCGUUGCGGCAAUACUUAUACUCACAAUCCUUGAUCAAACUCUAGGCAGCAUUGAAGCGUGGAAAAUCCACAUUACUGGUCUCGUCGAGAUCAUUACCCUUCGUUCUAGGAAGCUGAAUUCACCACCCUCCGAUUUAGCAUCACUGAUAGUCCCGCGUACCGUGGUACAGGGACUUCUUCUCCUCUCCCGGUACGAUUUGACGCUAAUCUUAAUGAUCGAAAAAACUGGUGUAUUCGACAUGAUGUUUUCCGUAACUGGCAGAAGAGCAGCAUACAAAAUCCUGGCGGACGCAGAGGAAGUGACCAGGUGGAUUAUCCAUGAUGGCAACAAGGCACCUUUCGCUCGUAAAGAGCAGAUCCUCCUUCGUCGAAUAAUCAAGUCUCUGGAUGCAGCGAUUGAAAUCAACAGCGACUCGGAUUCACGCGAGGCUUUUCUCACGGCAAUAGCUCUGUCGCUCAAGAUAUUUCUUCAAAUGACCUUGCAACACACCAUGGGGAGAAUGACGGAUCUCAAGAGCUUGGCUGUUCAGCUCAUGGAAGUAUUGCAGAAACCCAAGCAGCAGCUACCUUCUUCGCUGGUGUUAUGCGCUACGGUUGAGUCCAAUUUCUGGUAUACGACGAUGGGUGCAAUCGCUGCUUCUGAUUCCGACGUCAAAUCUUUCUAUAGAUCGAGGCUUAAGCGGAUCGCGGACGCCUUAGCACUCGCAUCCUGGACCGACGCUGAGCGAACUUUGGAGACAUUCUUCUGGAUACCGUCCAUCUUCUCUAGCCUGUGCCGCCACAUACUAUCGGAAGUCAUGGAUUGGAAGGAGUGUAGUGAUUCGUAG